AUGGGCUCUCAAGUCUCAUGGUGGCCUUUUUUGGUGAUGGUUGCUGUGUUGGUUCUCAACGUGGAGUUCAGCAUUGCGGACGGAGGUGCCGAUGAAGACACCAAGGUCCAUAUAGUAUUCCUAGGUGAAGUAGAGCAUAAUGACCCGAAGCUUGUAACGGCCUCACAUAUCAAGAUGUUGGAAUCCGUACUCGGAAGCAAAAAAGAAGCGAGGGAGUCCAUAGUUCAUAGCUAUCGGCAUGGUUUCUCGGGCUUUGCUGCCCAUCUUACUGAUGCCCAAGCGAAAACACUGUCUGAGCAUCCGGAUGUAGUUAGAAUGUCCCAAGAUACUUACUUCAAGCCACAAACAACAAGGGCAAUGGACUACUUGGGGCUUUCUCAAAGCUUACCAAAAGGGCUUCUCAAUGAUGCCAAGAUGGGUGAGGACGUCAUCAUCGGUGUCUUGGACUCAGGUGUGUGGCCAGAGUCGCUGUCGUUCAGGGAUGAAGGGUUAGGACCGAUCCCGGCAAGAUGGAAAGGGCAGUGCGUGGAUGGUCCUGAAUGGGACUCGAAGAAGCAUUGCAAUAAAAAGCUGAUAGGAGCGAGGUAUUACACGGAAAGCUUCUUCAAGUACAACAAAACAGACAGCAGAAUAUCGGAAUAUGAGUACGUGUCGGCCAGGGAAGGCAGUGCACACGGGUCACACACGGCCAGCACAGCGGCGGGGUCGUUCGUGGCAAAUGUAAGUGACAACGGCUUGGGAGUUGGAAAAGCUAGAGGAGCAGCGCCUCGGGCUCGUAUCGCCAUGUACAAAGUGUGUUGGCAGAAAUCAGGUGAGCCGGCUUGCUCGGUCGCGGACAUAACAAAAGCCAUGGACGAUGCCGUGGCGGACGGCGUGGACGUGAUUUCCAUCUCCUUAGGAAGGCCGAACCCUGUGCAGACGGAAGUCGAGGAUUAUAAUGAGAUCGCCUAUGGAGCCUUCUACGCCGUCUCCAAGGGGAUUACAGUGGUCACCGCCGGUGGAAACUUCGGCCCACAUUCUAACACAGUCCAGAACAUUGCUCCGUGGAUCAUAACCGUGGCUGCCAGUGGCCUUGACCGUUGGCAUCCCACACCCGUGACACUAGGCAACGGUGUGACCCUUUUGGCAAGGACCCAACACACUAGCGGGGAAAUCCAAGGGGAUCUAGUGUUCAUAUAUUCUCCUCAAGAUCUAUCGCCUGGCCUGGAUGGCAAAGUGGUGCUAGCUUUCUCAUCCAAGGAGCAUCAGCCAGACGCAUUUACAUCGCACUUUCUUUACGGCGGUCUCACUGAAGCCAAGGCUCUAAUUCUUGUUAUGCCAAAUGACGAUACUAUGCCAGACACACAGGCUGAACGACCCGUAGUCUCCGUCGACUUUGAACUUGGAACUACUAUUUACAACUACAUGAAGAACACCCGCUCCCCAACCGUAAAAAUAAGCAAUGCACGGGAAAUCACCGGGCCAAUUGUAUCCACUAGGAUUGCUAAGUUCUCAGGCAGAGGACCCAAUUCCGUAAAUCCAUACGUUCUCAAGCCCGAUAUCGCAGCACCAGGCAUUGGCAUAGUGGCAGCUGCAACCCCGAACAGAAUGAACGGUGCCUCUGGAUAUAUGGCACAGAGUGGAACUUCAAUGGCAGCACCUAUCAUUGCCGGAAUCGCUGCACUCCUCCGAUCUGUCCAUCCUGACUGGUCUCCUACCGCCAUUAAAUCAGCUAUCAUCACUACUGGUACCAAGACGGAUCCCUACGGAGAACCAAUCUUUGCUGAAGGUUUAUCACGGAAAUUAGCUGACCCAUUUGACUUUGGAGGAGGAUUGGUGAGGCCUGACAAAGCAGCAGACCCCGGUCUUGUCUACGACGCUAACAUGGAAGACUACAAACGUUUCCUAUGUGCUUCCAGCUACAACGAGGCCCAGAUCAAUAGAUUAACAAGGACGCAGUCCAAAUGCUCCAGCCCAAGGCCCUCCCUCCUCGAGCUCAAUUUGCCUUCCAUCACCCUUCCGUUCCUCAAGGAAGACGUGACUGUCACUAGAACCGUCACCAACGUAGGACCUGUCAACUCCAACUUCAAACUCAUCCUUGAGUCUCCUUUGGGUGUCCAUGUCACUGUCUCACCUAAGAAACUUCACUUUAACUCCACUCACAAGAAACUCAGCUUCAACGUCACUUUCCACACUACUCACAAAGCCAAUACUAUGUAUUAUUUUGGGAGCUUGACUUGGGCUGAUCACCGUCGUCAUGUCAAUGUCACCAUCCCAUUAUCUGUCAGGACACAGAUGCUCAUGAAUUUCGACAACAGCAGUUAA